AUGGCGGCGCCGCAGCAGGGGCAGGGGACGGGUGGCGCGCCCCCCGCCUAUGAGACUGUCUUCACCAAUGCCAAGGCGGGGAUGGAGGGCGUGGAUGUGGAGAAGGGCAGCGCGCACUACGAGAACGAGCAGCGCAAGGAGCGGGCGCACGAGGACCACAUUGCGCGCAUGCGGGCCGCGGCGGCCGCGCUGGGCCCCACCGACCUGGCGCGCUGCACGGCGGCCAUGGACGCGCAGCUGGCGGCGCUGGAGGCGGGGCGCGACCUGUCCAGGACGUGGCUUCACGUCGACAUGGACGCCUUCUUUGCGGCGGUGGAGGAGCUGGAGCGGCCGGAGCUGCGGGGCCGCGCCUUUGCGGUGGGCGGCAUGGGCAUGAUCUCCACAGCCUCCUACGCGGCCCGCAGGUUUGGCGUGCGCAGCGCCAUGCCCGGCUUCAUCGCCCUCAAGCUCUGCCCAGACCUGGUCUUUGUGGCCCCAGACUUUGCCAAGUACACCGCAGCCAGCCAGCGCGUGCGCGCCAUCCUGCGCGACUACGACCCCGGCCUGCAGCCCGGCUCACUGGACGAGGCAGCGCUGGAUGCCACCGACUGCUGCGCCGCGCGCGGGCUGGGCGGCGGCCAGGUGGCGGCCGAGAUCCGGCGCCGCGUGCAGCAAGACACGGGGCUGACCUGCUCCGUGGGCAUCGCCCCCAACCGCAUGCUGGCCAAGAUCUGCAGCGACAGGAACAAGCCAAACGGCCAGUUUGAGCUGGAGCCUCGGCGGGAAGCUGUCAUGGAUUUUAUGCGGGAUCUAAGCAUCAGGAAGGUGCCAGGCGUGGGCAAGGUGACCCAGAAGUAUCUGGCGGCGUUUGAGGUGCAGACCUGCGGCGACCUGCUCACACACAAAGGCCUGCUGCAGCUGCGCACGCGCGCCCAGACGCUGCCGCGCCACAUCAGCGCCGCCGACGACCUGUUUGCCGCCGCGCGGCGCCUGCUGCUGGCGGAGCUGCCCUGCGAGCUGCGCCUGCUGGGCCUGAGGGUCAGUGGCUUCCUGCAGGCGCCGCGCCGCGCCCCCGGGCAGCUGUCACUGGAGCAAGCCCUGGGACGGAGGCAGCAGGAGGAGGGGUGCGGCCAGCAGCAGGAGCAGCAGCAGCGGCAGCAGCGGCAGCAGGAGGAGGAGGAGGGCGGGGCCGGCCAGCGGGGCAGCGCUGCCGCGGCGGGCAGCGGACGCGCCGAUGGGGGCAGGCAGGGGGCCGGCGGCAGCCAUGGCGGCGGCGGCCAUGUCGGCGGCGAGGAGGUGGAGGCGGAGGUGGCUGAGGAGGAGGAGGAGGGGGGUGUGGUGCACAGCAGCCAGGCGCUGGGGGAGGGAGAGCUUCUGGAGCUGAGCCUGCGGGAGUGGCAGGCGCAGGAGAGCAGCCUGGAGCUCAGCCUGCGAGAGUGGCAGGCGCAGGGCAGCGGCGAGGGCGGCGACGGCGGCGACGGCGGCGACGGCGGCGGCGGCGGCGCCUACUCCCUGCCCCCAUCCCUGCUCGCCUCCCCCGCCACGGCAGAGCGCUUUGAGCGCGAGGCGGCGGCGACAGAGGGGAGGGCGGCGCCGGCUGAGGGCGAGGGUGGGCUGGACAUGAUGCUUCAGCAAGCAGCAGGGCGGCUGGCUGCGAGCCCCGCCCUGCGAGAGGGGCAGGCGGCAGAGGGCAGCCCUGGGCAGCAGGCAGCCGCACCGGCAGAUGAGCAGCAGCAGGUGGAGCGGGAGGAGCAGCAGCAGGAGCAGCAGCAGGAGCAGCAGGAGGAGCAGGCUGAGCAGGAGCAGGCGCUGCCGGCGGCCGCCCCCCAGCACCACCAGCAGGGCCCUCCCUGGACCUGCAAAGCCUGCACCUUCCACAACCCCCGCGCCGCCUUCUGGUGUGAGGUGUGCGGCACCUCCAGGCUGGGCGCCAGGUGCGAGGCGGCGGCGGGGCAGGCGGCGGCGGCCGGCGCCGGCGCUGCGGCCCCUGCCGCCAGCAAGGGCAGCGCCAGCGGCGGCAAAGCCGGCGCCGGCAGCAGCGGCAAGGCCAAGCGGGGGAGCAGGAAGGCGGCGGCGGCGGCGGCCUCUGCGGCGGCGCCCUCCAUCCUGCGCUUCAUGUCUGCCAGGCAGCCCUCGCCGCCAGCAGGGCAGCAGCCGCAGCAGCCGCAGCCGGCGGCGGCGGCGCAGGAGGAGGCGCGGGCGGGGGGCGGCGAGGGGCAGCAGCCGCAGCAGGAGCCUCGCCACAACCACCAGCAGCAGCAGGAGCAGCAGGAGGAACAGGAGGCCCAGCCUGCAGGCAGCCUAGAGGUGGAUGAGUACGAGGAUGAUGAUGAGGAUGUCCCCCCAGGCAGCCCUCUGCUGCCGGGGGAGGAUGUGAUGGAGUGCACUGUGUGCGGGGAGUGGGUGCGAGAGACGCGGCUGCAGGCGCACGAGGACGCGCACCUGGCGGCCAAGCUGCAGCAGGAGGAGGACAAGCUGGGCCGCCUGUUUGCCAAUGCCGGCAACACCGCACCCGGCGCCGGCAGCCGCAAGAAGCGUGCGGCAGGCGGCAAUGCGGGGAGCCGUGGCGGCAGGCAGGGCACGCUGUUGACUGCUUUCAAGCGUCCCAAGCAGUAG